AUGACCCAGCUGGGCAUGGUAGAGGAUGCUAUAACGCCAGCAGCGCGGGUGCUGAGGGAAGAGGAUCAUGAGUUUGAGAUCAGCCUGGGCUAUGCACGAGUCUCCAGGGAGGGAGGUGAAGCCGAAGUCGAACUUCAUUGUUCACGGGACACUCUCCCGAAGAGCCCGUUGAUCGCGCCUGCGCAACGUGUGCUCUUUGUGCACGGCUGCAGCAAGCUGCUUGUUUGUGUCUUGCAGGGCGCGGGGGAGGGGGCCGAGGGCGUGGCCUGGCAGUUCCACCAGUUCCAGCAGCACCGGCCGAGCCUGGAAGGCGGCCACAGCCCGACCCCGGGGCCGAUCGCGGCGCCGGAGGAGCGGGGCCCGGCGGCCACAACCCUGCUACACCGACAACCCCCGCUCGCCAAGGAGGUGUUAAAAUCAAAGAUGGGAAAAUCGGAGAAAACUGUCCUUCCCCACAGCCAGCUUGUACAUGGCAUACACUUGUGUGAACAACCAAAGAUAAACAGACAGAAAAGCAAAUUUAACUUGCCACUAACCAAGAUCACCUCUGCAAAAAGGAAUGAAAAUGACUUUUGGCAGGACUCUGCUUCCCCCGAUAGAAUGCAGAAGCAGGAAAAAAAGCCUUUUAAAAAUACAGAGAACAUUAAAAGUAACCAUUUGAAGAAAUCAGCAUUUCUGACAGAAGUUAGCCAAAAGGAAAAUUACGCGGGAGCAAAGUUUAGCGACCCACCUUCCCCUAGUGUUCUUCCAAAGCCUCCAAGUCACUGGAUGGGAAACACUGCUGAAAAUCCCAGCCACAGCCGGGAGCUCAUGGCAGUGCACCUGAAAACGCUCCUCAAAGUUCAGACGUAGAUUUUAGUUUUCAAUAUGUAUGUUAACCAUAGAAUUUUUUUCCCACAUCCUUGGACUCUAAAAGGAAAUGGAUACAACCGUGGAAACUUGCCAUGUUGCAGCAUACGACAGGAGAUGAGCUUAAGUCACACACAAGAAGCUUGUAUUAUAUUUUAUAUUUUGUAAAUACUGUAUACCAUGUAUUAUGUGUAUAUUGUUCAUACUUGAGAGGUACAUUAUAGUUUUGUUAUAAAAGUAUGUAUUUUGCCCUGCAAAUGUGGGUGUUUUGUAUAUAUACAGUGAAGAUAUUUUAAAUGGGUGCUUACGGCACGUACGUGGAAGACCGUUUGCACAGGUACGGAAAGGUUUUUAAGAACAGCUCCCAAAUCUCAAAAGUGAAGACCUAAAUGUGAAACAGUUUACUAUGUACUACUGAAAGUUAAAUCUGGCACAAUCACUGUAAACAUGGACUUUGUCUGUGUUUCUCUAAAUUGACUUGCCUUUUAAUCUGUAAUUACUAGAAAAUUUCUUGUUUUUACCAAACUUGAUUUCUGGAUAUCAAUAUGUAGCCAUUAUUGAGAUUUAAAACGACUCAAAUUUUAAAUGCCAACAAAAUUGGUUGUAAUCAAAUUUUAAAUUAAUAAUAAUUUGGCCUCCCCCCUUUUAAA